AUGGGUCGAUCAAAGUUCACAUUUCCUGUCCCGGGGAGGAAACAGAAGCCGCCCUUUGGGCCGAUCGUGUCGGGACCGAUGUCGAAAGCACAGAAAAUCUUGGGCACCGCCGAAAUCAACAUCGAUGCGCCUCGACAAUGGGACAACGCCUCGACCUCCGGCAUCAGCGUAUCCGUAUCCGAGAGCACCGCGACGUACAAUCCAAGCGAAAGGAGUCGAGUUCAACAACAAAGCGAAGAGAAGGCGCCCGCUGGGAACCAUCGUAGAAACAACAGCCAAUGGGAACAGGAAUCGGAGAUUGUGCCGGCAUAUCUGACGAAUCGGUUUUCGCAAUUGAAUACGGACGCCGGCCCGAGGGACUUCACCGAGACAUCGAGCCUCACCCGCCGAGGAUCGAGUUCGACAAUCACCUCGUGGUACGACAAGUCCAAAAUGCCACUUUCCAUAUCGCAGCAAACGUCAUCCUCGUCCAUGGCAAAAGGUCUGCCCCAGAAGGCGAACGAACUCCUGGACAUCGAAGGAAAUUCGAAUACUGUCGCCCCAUUGGCGCUGAAACCGAAGAAGAAACCGAGUAGAUUGGACUUGGGGCCCCUCUUGUCCCGACACAAACACGGCAGCCUCAAGUCCCUCCGUGAGGGAAACCAGGGAAACCAGGCUCCCAGCUCGGACUACGAUGCCAGAUCCCCCUCUCUCGCCUCCGUGACGUCGCCCAAAUCCACGCCGCCACCCAUUCAGCAGCGGACAGAGAGGAAGCUGGUGAGACGAAGCACGUAUGAGCGCAUGGUUGAGAACUUGUCAUCGGGUCGCCCUAGAACCGGUUCUAGCAGCCGCAGAGGUGCGAACGACAUAAGCCCGCUGCCCAAUCUGUAUGAGCAUUAUGAGCAGAUGUCUUUCGAUCAGGUUCUGGGACACGACGGGCCUCUGGCCAAACCAGACCAACCCAUGGCAAACGCCGUUCCGACACCGCUGAGAUCGCCACCAUUGACUGAACCGAGGAAGAGCGCGUCCGUCUUGAGACCUGGGAUCCGUCCGCAUCAAGCACACGCAGCUGCGCCGGCAGCCAAGCCGGCACCUCGGACUUCUCCAGAAAUCGCCAGUUCAGCCAUCCAACAGGGUACACUCCCAGAUCGAGAUUGCGCGUCCAGCGUGUCGAGUCGGUACACCAAAACGUCGAAGGCUUCCAAACGAACGAGUCGAAGCAUCACUGGCUCCGAUUUGAUGGAGAGAAGCGUGCUCUCCCUGUCGUCCGAUUCCGAAGAAGACGAUGCUUUCCCCGAUACCUUUUCUUCGAAAUUUACCGGUGAAUCUCAAAGCAGCGACACGGGUAGCCUAGCGCCAUCUUCACUGAGGUCGAAUCGAUCACGCGAGGCCCCCUCGCUCGCCUCUAGGAAGUCUGUCAAACAUGCCAGCUUCGCGCCGACGAACACGUACCUCACGAUACCGAGCAAGUCACCUCCGUCUAAAGCCCCCAGCCCCAAUUCCCGGAUGAGUUCCCUGCCGGCCACUCGGUACCAACCACCUGCCCCAUCGAACCGUUCAUCCAUGUAUUCGACCAAGUCGACGUCGACGACGAAUUCUGGCAGUGACAGGCAUGUUCGCCCAGAGUACGCGGCUCAGGAAGCGCGAGCCACUCCCCAAAAGCCCGUACAGCAGCCCCAAAUCAAGCCUGAACGAGUGGUGGAACCGCCGCGGCGCAUGCUGUCCACCAAGUCUUCGACUCAUUCAGUCGACCAGCCAACACCUCCCUUGAGUCCGACAUCCAUAGAAUCCUUCACGACAUCGACGGAGUCGAUCGAGGCCAACGGCGGAUCUGACUCACGGUUCAUGGCCGUCACACGGCAGGAGGAGAUGCUGUUGGCCGCCCUGCGCAUGAAGCGAGCUCGUAUGCGAGAAUCUCUCGUCUCAGAAUACGAAGAGGAAACUCAGUACGGUUCGUCUUAUCACCACCAGCGCAACUCGUCGCAAGGCACCAUCAAGGAAAUGCAGUGGCCCGAGCCUCCUCAGAUGCUUCGGCACCAGACAUCGACGAACUCCAACAGCACCAUCAAGGCGGGUUCGCGGUCGUCGGAGGCACGCCCAGGGUCGCUGGUGGGCAGCCGGAAUCACUCUCGUAGCAAUUCUCGCCGUCUGGACAUUCAGUCCUCGUCCUCCCGACCCGGCUCCAUGCCAUCGUCGAGAACAGGCAGCCUGAGGCGAGCAAGACCUUCCCUGGAAGUCCCGGCGGCAGAGGCCAAGCACGAGCGCAUACUUCUGUACUUGGACCGGCCCGUGGGCAACGUCAGUUCAAUGGACUUUGCCGAGCCAAGUCCCGACCUGAGCGAUUUCAUGGACUUUGACAAUGGAAGCGACGAGGAGGACGAGCUUUCGAGCGACCCUUCACUUUAUCGACACCGUCUUCAGGGAUUUGGGUUUCCCAACAAGGGCCGAGGACGUAUGCUGAGGACGAGUGAGCCUGGACGUCACGAUUCCUCGCCUUUGAGACCGCGAAACUCGGCUGAACUCGCCGAGCAGGUUCGUGUAGUCGAAUCCGAGAGCGAUAUCGAGCCGGUGGCUGGGAUCCCGAGACCGGAUUCUCCUGUCUCGCCUGAGGGGACACUGCCCUUGCCCAACCAUAGACUAUCGUCGAAGAAGGCCGUCAGGUUGAGCGCUGUCGGUAAUGCCGGGGUGGAAGCCGGCUGGUGGGAUGACGAUGGCUGA